GGCAUUUCCCACCAAACUGGUUUUUCAUUGGGUAUACAAAAUGGAAGUCAUUCCGGCACAGCUAAACUAGAUUAGAACUGCCGUAUUCUCACUCCCUCUCCAUUUGAACUCAAUGGCUUCGCGCCGACCGAGCAAUGGCAGAUCACCCUUGGUCAAUCAACAGCGCCAAAUCACAGCUUUUUUUGCCAAGACAACAUCGUCCACCCCUUCCCCAUCCCCUUCGCCCUCCUCUCUCACUCCCAAAUCUAGACCCAAACUUAAGAGUUCAAGCCCAAAACCUAGCCCUAGCACUAUCUCCAGUUCAUAUCCGAGCACACUCACGACCUCGCCACUCGGUUGCUCUGAUUCUACUAAGACUUUGUACCAGAAAGAGGUACUUAAUAGGAGGAUUAGGGUCUAUUGGCCUUUGGAUAAAUGUUGGUAUGAAGGAUCUGUAAAAUCUUUUGAUAAGACAUUGGGCAAGCAUUUGGUUCACUAUGACGACGCGGAGGAGGAGAUGCUGGAUCUUUCUCAGGAAAGGAUUGAGUGGAUUGAGACUCCAGUGGCUAAAAAGUUCCGCCGUUUGAGACGGCCUAGAGUGGUAGAAGACGAGGAGGAAGAGAAGCCGGAUGUUAUUUGGAAUGGUGUUGAUGACUUGGAAGAUGAAGAGUGGGGAAACAGUGCCGGCAAAGGAGCAGAGAAGGAUGAAGUUGGCAUAGGUGAUAUGGAUUUAGAAGCAGAAGAGGAAGAUAUUGGGUUAAGAAUAGGACUUCCAGGGCUGAACAAGAAGGCAGAAUCAGGGAAGAGGAAAUGUAGUGCAGAGCAUAAGGUACAGUCUACCUUGGUCAAGAAGAUUAAACGUGGUGGAAAUAAUAAAAGCACAAAAACAGAGGCACCCACCAUUGUUAAUCCAGAAUGUUUGAAGGAAUCAAACAAUGAACAGGUUUUAUCUGGCAAUGCAGUGGAAAGAUUUAGCAUGCGUGAAAUAGUGAAGUUCCCCUUCCUUGGAAAGGAUAGGAGAGAUGCAAAUCGAAGGCGCGCUGGAGAUGUCAAUUAUGAUUCGAGGACUCUUUACCUCCCCCCUAGCUUUUUAAAAGAUCUAACCGGUGGCCAGAGACAAUGGUGGGAAUUGAAGUCAAAACACAUGGACAAGGUUCUUUUCUUCAAGAUGGGGAAGUUUUAUGAGCUUUUUGAAAUGGAUGCACAUAUUGGAGCCAAAGAGUUAGAUUUGCAGUACAUGAAGGGAGAUCAACCUCAUUGUGGUUUUCCAGAGAAAAACUUCCCAAUGCAUGCAGAGAAAUUGGCUCAGAAGGGUUAUAGGGUCCUUGUCGUUGAGCAAACAGAGACACCUGAACAGCUUGAGCUUCGUCGUAGGGAAAAUGGCUCUAAAGACAAGGUUGUCAAACGUGAGGUAUGCGCAGUUAUCACGAAAGGAACAUUAACUGAAGGUGAAAUGCUCGCUGCAAGCCCUGAUGCAUCAUAUCUUAUUGCAGUGACUGAAAAUUACCAAACAUCUGUAAACCAAGUUGAUGGCCGGACUUAUGGGGUCUGUCUGGUUGAUGUUGCUACAAACAAAGUUAUUCUAGGACAGAUUACAGAUGAUUCAGAUUGCAGUUCUCUCUGCAGUCUAUUAUUGGAGUUUAGACCCGUGGAAAUAAUAAAACCUUCCAAGUUGCUUAGCCCUGAAACCGAGAGAGUACUUAUUAGACAUACAAGAAACCCACUAGUAAAUGAGUUGGAUCCCCUCUCUGAAUUUUGGGAUGCUGAAAAGACCAUGUAUGAAGUCAAGAUUAUGUAUCAACGUCUUAAUAAUACAUCAUCUCAAUCUUGUCAAGAUGAAUCAACUAUUUAUCACAUGAACUCCACUGAUAAGGAUUCUCAAUUGGGGAAUUUACCGAGUGUGCUGUCUGAGCUUGCUAAUGCAGGAGAAAAAGGGAUUCAUGCCCUUUCAGCUUUUGGAGGAACUCUAUUUUAUUUAAAGCAAGCUUUUCUGGAUGAGAGCUUACUCAAGUAUGCAGAGUUUCAAAUACUCCCGUAUUCUGGUUUUGGUGAGAUUGCUCAAAAAAGAUAUAUGGUUCUUGAUGCUGCUGCUCUUGAAAACCUGGAGAUAUUCGAGAAUAGCAAAAACUCUGGUUCUAACGGGACCUUGUAUGCUCAGAUGAAUCAUUGUGUAACAUCAUUUGGGAAAAGGCUACUUAGAACAUGGCUUGCAAGACCUUUAUAUCACGUGGAGGCAAUCAAAGAACGGCAGGAUGCAGUAGCAGCGCUAAAGGGUAUUAAUCUACCAGCUGUACUUGAGUUCAGAAAAGAGAUAUCAAAACUUCCUGACAUGGAAAGGUUGCUUUCCCGAACAUUUGCUAGCAGUGAAGGUAAUGGCAGAAAUGCAAAUAAAGUGGUAUUAUAUGAGGAUGCUGCAAUGAAACAGCUACAACAGUUCAUCUCAGCUUUAAAAGGAUGUGAACUAAUGGUGUGUGCGUGCACUUCACUUGGCUUGGCUUUGGAAAGCACUAAUUCAAAGUUAUUACACGAUCUCCUAACACCUGGUAAAGGACUUCCAGAUGUUAAAUUUACUCUAAAGCAGUUAAAAGAUGCUUUUGAUUGGGCGGAAGCAAAUUGUUCAGGUCGUAUCAUUCCUUGCGAAGGGGUUGAUGAGGAGUAUGAUGCCGCUUCUGAAUCCCUUAGGAGGGUUGAACUUAAUCUUGUGAAGCACUUGAAGGAACAACGAAAGUUGUUAGGAGACGCAUCGAUAAACUAUGUCACAAUUGGGAAGGAUGCUUACCUCUUGGAAGUGCCAGAAAGUUUGUGCAAUCGCGUUCCUCAGGAAUAUGAAGUGCAAUCAUCCAAAAAGGGUUAUUUCCGGUACCGCAAUCCAGUUAUUAAGAAGCUUUUGGUAGAGCUUUCUGAGGCUGAAGCUGAGAGAGAGUUGACGUUGAAAAGCAUUUUUCGAAGGCUUAUUAAGCGUUUCUGUGAGCAUCAUAGUAAAUGGAGAGAACUAGUUUCUACUAUUGCAGAACUGGAUGCUUUGGUCAGUUUAUCCAUUGCUAGUGAUUAUUAUGAAGGGCCAACAUGCCGCCCACAUUUAAGGGAAUUAUCCUCUCACAAUGAUGUGCCAUGCCUAGUUGCUAAAAGCUUAGGGCAUCCUAUCAUUGUAAGUGAUUCUCUAGAUAAAGGAGCAUUUGUCUCCAAUGAUGUUACACUUGGUAGUGCUGAACAUUCGAGCUUCAUCCUGCUAACUGGGCCUAAUAUGGGAGGAAAGUCUACUCUUCUGCGCCAAAUCUGCUUGGCGGUGAUUUUGGCACAGGUUGGAGCCUAUGUACCAGCGGCAUCCUUUGAUCUGUCCCCCGUUGACAAUGUCUUUGUUCGUAUGGGUGCUAAAGAUCAUAUUAUGGCUGGUCAAAGUACGUUCUUGACGGAGCUCUUAGAAACUUCAUCAAUGCUGUCUUCUGCUACCCGAAAUUCUCUUGUUGCGCUGGAUGAACUUGGCCGCGGAACAUCAACAUCUGAUGGACAAGCAUUAGCUGCUGCAGUUCUUGAACAUUUUGUUCACAAAGUACAAUGCCGAGGGUUGUUUUCUACUCAUUAUCACCGAUUAGCCAUUGAUUAUCAGCAAAAUCCCAAGGUCUCUCUCUGUCACAUGGCAUGUCAAGUUGGCAAAGGACUAGGAGGUUUGGAGGAAGUUACUUUUCUUUAUAAGUUGACACUGGGCACAUGCCCUAAGAGUUAUGGUGGAAAUGUUGCACGGUUGGCUGGGGUUCCUGAUAUUGUACUACAAAAGGCUGAUCAAAAGUCUCAAGAGUUUGAGCGAAUAUAUGACAAGAGGUCAAGAUCCACAGGAAUGUCCAGUAAGAAUUGGGAUGAAAAAGUGAUAAAAGUAAUAUGGAGCUUGGUACACCUUGCUGAUUAUGAUGAAUGCCGUGGCAGUGAUGUUGUUGGUUUAUUGAUCGAUUUACAACAUAGAGCGAAAAUGCUUUUGGGCUAAGCUAAGCUGAAUUAGAGCGGCUUUUGUAAUGUUCUCUGACUCACGCAUUUGUAUAUAUGCUUCACUGUAUCAUUUUGAGAGUUAUUGCUGCAAGACCGAUGUAUUUAGUUGCUCAGCUAUUCCUCCAGAUUAGGCGCAAGUACCGCAAAACAUCUGCUUUUUGAUAAAUCGUGUGGCAGUUUGGGGUGUUUAUAUUAAGGCCUUGGUUCAUAGAUCUUAGAACAUAUCCAAAGUUGAUAAGAUACAGGCACUGUUUUAAGAAGUGAAUUUCGGGUAUUGAGUAUAUAACACCACAUCUAUACAAAUC